CAGAUGACCCAAAUAAUAUUGCAAGUAAUGAUAUUUUGUACUAAAAUUGUGAUGUGAUCUUGACAUUUGCUGAUAGCCUCUGAAUAUUUUAUCUUGCGCACUUUUGCCUGUCGCAUUAGUCAGUUGAACUAGCUACAGUGUAGGUGCAUAUGAGGCACACACUCCAGCAUGUCACCUAGUGAUCUGCAGCUAUACAGCCCAUAUGCAGAAGGAAUGCGAUACCUGCUGGCGCAGUCUCCAGAUACUAGAGAUCUCGUUCCAGAGGAGAAUGAAGGCUAUUGGGAACCGAUCGGCAAGAAGAAAGACGUCAAGAUGUACAAGGAGAUAGCAAAGGCUCCAGAGAAGCUGAAUAAAACGAGGGGCAUCGGCAUCAUUGCCGCGCCUCCAGAGCUGGUGGCGGCAGUGGUUGCGGAUGAGUAUGAAGCUUGGGACGACUGCAUCAAGGACCUGAAGACACUCACAUCCGAGAGGGACCCUGCCACCGGUGCACUUGUGGAGAUCUGCUGGACCAGAUAUUGCCUGCAGGUGCCAAUGCUGAAGGACAGGGACUUCUUGUACCGGGAGGUCACGCAGAAGCUUCCCAAUGGGGUGAUAAUCAUAUACGGCCAAUCCCUGAGCCAGGAGGAGGAGCAGCAGGUGGAGGGUGUGCCCUGCAUGAAGGGUGUGAUCCGAGGGGAGAUGGGCGCCUCUGGCUGGGUAAUUGCCCCCCUCGACGGCGGUGCUGCCUCCAGCGUCACUUACGUGGCCCUCACAGAUCUGAAGGGAAAGUUUCCUCCGGCGCUUGUGAAUCAGUUCACUCAGGACGUUCCUCUCACAGUCCACGAUGUGAGGAAAGUGGUCCUGAAGAAGUUGGCUGCUCAACAUAAGUGAGACAUGCACAUGCAACUGUGAGCCGCUUGGGGAGGAUCAAGAAUCCGCUUGAAGGGUCCCGCAGAUCUCUGGAGUCGGAUCCAAAGUUGCCGCAUUGCCAAUGCAGUGCACGUUCAUCAUAGAGGAUUGAAGAGAGAUCAAUGUCAGAUCAGUACUGUAGUAUGUGGGUUUGAGAGUGACUGUUCAGAGUCUGGGAACUUGUACUUUUCAUUCGAUGUACUGGUCAAGUAUAAAAGGUCGACUUGAUCUUGACGAUCGAUCUGUAGCCUGUUAACGUUAUUGCUGGUAGUUCUGAAGUAUCGUUGACAUCAUCUUUACCAAAGCGCUGUUGCUAAUCGGCUCAUAUGCCGCCAGGGCGAUGGUGCAUUUGAGCUGUUAGAAAGCAUAUAUUCC